AUGCAGUCCUCAAAGACGGCAACCGGAUUACGUUCUUUCAGAACGCGACACCCGUGCCCGCUGAAGCAAAACAGAAGCUGGUGCUUUGCGCUGCUUCCCUUCACGAGCCAUCGCAUACUAUUCAAAAUAUUUCCCCUCGUAGGUGUGAAAUUCACCGCACCUGGUAUCGUCUUGGGUUCAUCCGUCAGUACCCAAACGUUUCCCCUUGAGAACCCAAGGCUUAAAACAAGCAAGUCGUACAUCGAUGCCAGAUUGGACUGGCUGCGUAGCCUCUGA